CUCGAUUUCGCUGUGUUCAUCAUCUGUAUACAGGGCGCUUGUUUGGACUCGUGGCUGCCAUGGAUAGUGUUGCUGUCAUGGUAGCAUCCCUGAUCUUCAACCAACUCUACCCAGUAACCCUUGAUUUCUUCCCUGGCUUCAGCUUUUUGGUGGCUGCUGGUCUGUCUGUCGUUGCUGCAGCCAUUAUGUUGUGGCUUCAUUUUGAUCUGAAAGGACUGGUACUGGGUGACUCUACCAUUACAAAAAACGUUAAAGGAGACACAAAUGACAUUAGCAAAGAGGACAACCAAGUGGAGACUGUGACGACUCACAUUUAACAAAAUCCCUAGUCACGGCACGCGUAGAUAUUGAUACUUCAUAACCCAAGUAGUUCAGACGGGUUAUAACGAUGUGUUUAUACACAAUACUCCACAUCUUGCUCCAGUAUCAACACAAAGGGUAAACUACAGAAAACCCAUUUA